AUGACUGAUUUGGAAAAAAGAAGAGCCCAAGAUGCUAUGAUGUUAUUAGCUGAGGAAAACACUGGUGAAAUAGAAGGAAGAUGUGUAUACAAAGGAGAUGGAACUCUAGAAUGGCUAUCUCCAGGAGAUACUUCAAGUCCAACUGCAGCAUUGGAAGCGAUUAUGAUCACAUGUGUAAUUGAUGUGUAUGAAGGACGAGAUAUGAUGUCUUUGGAAAUUUCAAAUGCAUUUAUUCAAACUCAAAUGACAAUGGAUGCAAAAUCGAGAGUGAUGAUGAAGAUCACUGGUUUAUUGGUCGACAUGAUGAUACGACUGGAGCCAAGGUAUCGUGAUUACUUUGUAAUUGAAAAUGGAGAACGAGUGAUUUACAUGAGAGUAUUGCGGGCCAUCUAUGGGAUGUUAGAGGCCUCUAUGCUCUGGUACAAAAAGUUGAGAGGAGACAUGGAGAAACAUGUGACAAUGGAAAAGUCCAAGAACAGCAAGAAAGUGGCAAUCGCUGCUAAACCUGUUAAUUCUACUGCUCUUACUCAGGGUCGCAUCAGUUUUUUACAAAACAGCAGAGCUGAAACCGCCGAAAUUCGAUCAAAAAAGGAAUCUGACAAUUUGGACCCUCCAAUCGUCAACAACAACAGCGACACCGAGAUGGAGGAGGUCGAGAAUAAACUGAAGUACGAUCGCAUUGUCCAGAACAUCGAUUCGUCUUAG